UAAAGUGUUUGGGUGCAGCUUUGUGUUGAAUUGCCUCACCCAUCAUCAUCAUCCCUAGUGUGAGAUCAUCAUCCAGACAAACAAGAAAUCCCUUUAUUUCCCUUAUCACGGAGGCAUGCUUGACAUUAAAACGGUUCAGGGAAUCCUAUCUGGUCAAGGAGGGUUGACGUUUUUCCAGGCCCUGCAGGAAUAGCACAUGUGUGCAUAAAGCAGGGAAAAUGAGUACGGGGAAGCCAAGUGGUCUCAAACCACCCACCAAGAUUGGUAAACCAGCUUCGGCGCCAACCAAAACUUCGCCCACGUCAGCUGGUGCCAAGGCUGUAACAUCUCCGACCUCCAAUAGCGGCCAAGAUGCGCCGUCAGAUUUCUCUGUUGGCGAACGUGUUUGGGUCAACGGAAAUAAGCCCGGUUCUGUGCAGUUCAUCGGAGGGACUCAGUUUGCACCGGGCCAGUGGGCAGGAAUAGUUCUAGACGAGCCCAUCGGGAAGAACGAUGGCUCUGUGUCUGGAGUGCGCUACUUCCAGUGUGUGGACUUGCGAGGCAUAUUUACUCGGCCCUCCAAACUCUCUCGUACUCCCGUGGCAGAGCGCAAGACCAAUGGCACGCAGACUCCCGCCAACAAGGCCUCUGCCUCCCCUGCCAAAGAUCCUGCUCCUGUCACUCAGACCAUUAGUGCAACCACCAAGUCCUCAUCAAACCUUACCAGGGCCACCAGCGAGUCUGCAUCCAAUAUGUCUGAGACGGAUUCGGCCAAGAAGUUACAGCGGGACAUGAAGCUGGGUGAUCGUGUGCUGGUUGCAGGAUCCAAGGCAGGUGUUGUGCGUUUCCUGGGCGAAACUGACUUCGCGAAAGGUGAAUGGUGUGGCGUUGAGCUGGACGAGCCUCUUGGCAAGAAUGAUGGGGCAGUAGCUGGUGCAAGGUAUUUUCAGUGCCUCCCAAAGUAUGGACUAUUCGCUCCUACGCACAAAGUCACACGCAUCGGAUUCCCGUCCACCACCACUGCCAAAUCCAAAGCCUCCAGGCGCAGGUCGACCCUAAAGAACAGCCCCAGCGCAUCUUCCGUCAGCUCCCUCAGCUCUGUCACCUCCUCAGCAGGAGGCAACCCUAGCCGAGCGGGCCUGCUCACAGAGACGUCUGCACGGUACGCACGGAAGAUCUCAGGCACCACGGCCCUGCAGGAGGCCCUGAAGGAGAAGCAGCAGCACAUCGAGCAGCUCCUGGCUGAGCGGGACCUGGAGAGGACGGAAGUGGCACGAGCCACAAGCCAUGCUGGAGAGGUGCAGCAAGAGCUGGCACUGCUCAGACAGGGCCAGGAACAGUACGCCAACGAGAUGGAAGCCAAGUUGGACCAGUUGCGGAGACUUGUGGAGACUGCAGACCGAGAUAAAGUGGAGCUGAUGAAUCAACUGGAAGAGGAAAAAAGAAAAGUGGAGGACCUGCAGUUCCGUGUAGAAGAAGCUUAUAUUACCAAAGGUGACCUAGAGACGCAGACCAAACUGGAGCAUGCCCACAUUAAGGAGCUCGAACAGAGUCUUCUGUUUGAAAAGACCAAAGCAGAUAAACUCCAGAGGGAGUUAGAGGAUACUAGGGUCGCCACGGUGUCCGAGCGCUCCAGGAUCAUGGAGCUGGAAAAGGAGGUGUCCGACCUGCAGCUUCAGCUGAGAACUCUUCGAGCCGAGACCUCGGGAUCAGCCUCCCCUCCAUUACAAGACAAAAAGAUCAAGGAGCUGAACUUUGAGUUGGAGAACAGACAGAAGGAGGUGCUUCUGUUCCAGCAGAAACUCUCCUCCUCUGAACAGGAGAAAACAUCCCUCCAGCAGCAGCUGCAAGAUCUGACAAAUAAGCUUGACUCAGCAGCAGAGGACAAUAAUAAAGCAACACUAGCAAUGCAAGAAAUGGAAAGGAACAUGAAAACGGAGAGAGAGAAGCUGGAUCAGGUGUCCAGGGAGAAGGAGGAACUGCAGAAGAAACAGGUGAAGGAUGAAGAGAGAGAGAUUCGGAUGAAGGAGCUGAAGGAGAAGUUGGGCCAAACAGAAGGAGAGUUGAGCAGAAUCACAGAGAGGAGCGUUGGGCCGGAACGGCAGGUGGCGGAACUGAAAGCCUACAAGAACCAAACCCAGUCUGAUGAAAACCUGGAGCAGAUGAUGCACAAGAAUAAGGAGUUGCAGGAGGAGCUUGAGGCCCUGAAGCAGCAGAACUCUCAGUAUCAGGAGCAGUUGUGUUCAGAAACUCAGCGCAUCGGGAACCUCUGCAAAGAAAUUGAGGAGGUAAAACUGUCAGCCAAUCAGAAGUCUCAGAGGCAGGUGUCGCUCCAGGACGAGAAAGGGAUGUUGGCUCAGGAGUUGGACGUCUACAACCAGCAGCUUGAUGACGAAGCUUUGACUAGCCAUCUGGAGAUUACAGAGAGAGAGAAUUCCAAUGCAGUGAUGUCCGAUAAAGACAAAGAGCUAGAGACACUACGAAAUGAGAUUGCAGUGCUGCGUGGGGAAAAUGCCAUGGCCAAGACGCUGCAGUCGGCCGUGACGUCUCUAGAGCGGGACAAAGCCCAGCUGCAGAGCCGAGUGAACAGCUUGGAGGAAAAGCUGGAGGGCCGGGAGACGGGGAAUGGAGAGGAAGUCAUCUCAGUGGGUGAUCCUACUUUGGACCAACUGAGAGAAGAGAAAGAGUUUGCUGAGGGACAGAUCAACUUCCUGAACUCUGUGAUUGUGGACCUCCAGAGGAAGAAUGAUGAACUAAAGGUGAAGCUGAAGAAAAUGGCGUUGACCGAGUUCAAUGGAAAUGAUGAAAAUGAUGAUCUUGGUAAGGACAAAAAGAAGAAGAAAGCCCCACCACGCGUCUUCUGCGACAUCUGCGACUGCUUCGACCUGCACGACACGGAGGACUGUCCCACGCAAACGCAGUCCCCAGACUCGCCUCCGCACACCACCUACCACGGGGCCCGCAGCGGCGAACGGCCGUACUGCGACAUCUGUGAGGCGUUCGGUCACUGGACAGAUUCUUGCAACGAUGACCAAACCUUCUGAACUUCUCUUCAACCCCUCCGCCUGUGAGCAGGCUAUGCACAGAUCGCUUUCAACCAGAUUAUUCGCUAUUUUUCUACACAGCGUAUAUACAUUCGAACCUCUUGUACAUUCCUUGAAACGUAUCCGUCCAUAUGAAGGCUAAGGUAUGCUGCAUUGAUGGAAUUUGAAUUAUGAAGAUGAGAGAUAUUUCUAUGUGUUACUAAUACCGUUUUGUGUGUUUCAUAAGUUUUUGAUCCACCGAUGAAUUACCAGCAAGAAAAAUAGGCCCGGUUUAAUGAUACUUUGCUGUGUAUUUAAAGCUGCUGAGUGUAAUUUCUACUCCCCCAGAGGCUCAAAAUGGAAUUGCAAAAAUAAUGACCAUUUUCAAACAGGUUUCUCAAACACUCCUUUUCUUCCAUUGUAGCUCCGCCCCAAACUCACGCCAUUGGUUGAGUCAGAAGUUGACAUUUCGGACGGCUCAAACAAACAGCGAUGUUUUGAAAGCGCCACAGAGUGUGUUCGAAAUGGUUUACUAGCACACUGCAAACCGCUCAGUUUACUCUGAAUAUUGCCCACAAUGUUUUUAAGUAGUAUAUGAAACGGUACACAUUAUGCAACAAUGAAUAAUACGGCAAGAAAAUUUAGUUAAAAAUCAUAGCUUCCAGUUUUUCUGUCACACGUAAAAUCGACUCAAGACGAGCACACUGCAUUAUGUGAUUGAUUUUAAACUGCAGAUUUUUACUCAGGCAUUCUAAGCAUACCGAAAUUAUACAUACUAUGCACAGUAUAAAUACUAUAUACUGCAGAAACAUUACUAGCAGUAUGGUAGUAUGCUAUUGCGAACAUAGCCACCGUUGUUGCACUUUUUGGUAAUUCACCCUACGAACGGUUUACUUACAGUUGUAUCUGCACAUUAAACCAGGAUAGAAGAUUUUAAUGAAAUGAUUUUAAUGAAUAAAAAAUACACACUUCAGCUUAAGGAACUCAUAACGGACUGUUAUCACAGGCACAAAACCGUAUGACCAGUGCACCAAACUAAGCUGAAGCUAACCACUAUUAACUUAUUGCACUUCUCACUUUAAAUGUAUACAGCACAUGAGUUUAACUGCCAUUCUUUGAAACUAAGUUAUUCUUUUUACUGUUAAAUGUCAGACAUAUAGUCAUGAUAUUGUCAUAUGAAUGGCUUUUUAUGUGUAUUUUUGAUGUUAUGUCCUGUAGACUUCAGGCCUAUUCACACCAAGUCCAAAGUUUUGGCACAAAAAAAAGAUUAACUUUUUUGUUGUACGGACAAAAGA